CGACUGCAAGUGCAGCUAUCAUGUGGGCAAACCUCCUGAUUAGGAAAUUACCCUUCGUACCAUACCCCUGUGGUCGAAUCCAUCAUGAGCCACAAUGCCAGCGAAGACCACUCGAGUCUCUUGUCGUUGUCGGCCCCAUCAUCACUCUGCCUGUCUUCGUUCUUACUUAUAUACGGAGGCUUCUCUCGUUCGAGAAUCAUGUCUUUUGUUCAGUCCCUUCCAUCCUCAUCUUCAACGUCAAGCUCUGGGUUCACCUUUGCCCAUCUUUUAGUACACUCCUCCUUUCAUUGCCACUCUUUUGGCUUGACUCUUCUUUCCAACCCGGACCAUGAUGUGGUCACUCCUCCUUUCCCUGGCAUUGCUGUGCUUUGGUACAGUUGCCAGGGCAGCAGUUGUCACCAUUAACUGGAACGUCACAUGGGUUUGGGCUUCUCCCGAUGGCUUUGGAAGACCUGUCAUUGGUAUCAACAACCAGUGGCCGUGCCCCAAGCUCGAAGCCAACGUUGGCGACACCCUCAUUGUGAACCUCCACAAUGGUCUUGGCAACCAGACAACUGGUCUUCACUGGCACGGUAUCAACCAGCUGCAAACCCCCGAGAUGGAUGGACCUAGUGGUGUCGUCCAGUGUCCCACUCCUCCCGGAUCCUCGGUUCAGUACAAGUUCUUGCUUGAUGAACCCGGCACCUUUUGGUAUCACUCUCACGAAAAGGGACAAUAUCCGGAUGGCUUGCGCGGCCCCCUUAUUGUCCAAGACCCCAAUGAUCCCUACAAGGGCAAGUACGACGAGGAGAUUAUCUUGACUGUUUCCGAUUGGUAUCAUUCUCAGAGCAUCCCGCUUGUUCAGAACAUGCUUUCUCCCGCCAACACGCGGUUCGCUCCGCCAUUCCCAGAUACCAUCUUGCUUAACGACAAGAAGGAUGUCAAGUUUAACUUUGUCAAGGGCAAAACCUACCGCGUCCGUCUCAUCAACAUGUCCGCCUUUGCCUCGGCUUUCCUCUGGAUUGACUCCCAUCCGCUCACCAUGAUCAUGAGCGACGCCACCUACCUCCAAACCGAGACCGCCUAUCAGUUACACGCCAGUUCCGCUCAGCGGUACGACUUCCUCAUCUCCGCCAUCGACCGCGACUCCGGGAAUUACCCCAUUCUCGUCGCUCUCGACAUCAACCGGGACUUCCGCAACCAAACCCUGGCCCCCGCCUUCCCCCACAACCAAACGGCCUGGCUAAUGAUGGACGAAAACGCUCCCCUGACUCGUCCAACCAACAACAUUGACGUCUGGCGUCCGGCCGAAGACACCCACUUCAAACCCCUCGACAACCUCGCCAUGAUCCCAUCAUACGACCACCUCGUCAAGCUUGAUUUCCGCUUCUGCCUCGACGCCAACGGCUACCCGCGCGCCUGCCUCAACGGCAAGCCGUUCAUCGGCCAAAAGGUUCCCGCGCUCUACACCGCCGCGACGGUAGGCGAGAACAACACCAACCCGAUCGUCUACGGACAAAUCAACCCCGUCGUCGUCAAAAAGGGCGACAUCGUCCAGCUGGUGAUCAACAACCAGGAAGCCGCCGGGCACCCGUUCCACUUGCACGGCCACCGCUUCCAGAUCUUGGACCGCGCCAGGCCGUAUGCCGGUGACUGGCCCGGUCGCGACGUUAACUACAACCCCGUGCCCAACCGGCGUGAUACUGUCACCGUCUGGUCGUGGAGUCACGCCGUGCUGAGAUUUAAGGCGGAGAACCCGGGCGUGUGGCUGUUCCAUUGCCAUAUUGAGUGGCAUGUGGAGAUGGGCUUGACGGCGAGUUUCAUUGAGGGCCCGGAGCAGCUGAGGGGCAAACAGUUCCCGGAGGACCAUUUGGAGAAUUGUAGGAUUGGAGGAGUGCCGACGAGGGGGAAUGCGGCGGGGAAUACGGUUGAUCCGUUGGAUACGACGGGCAUGUUGACGAUUUCUCCGACGGUCUAUACUGGGUAUGUUUUUUUUUUCCCUUCCUUUUCUCUCCUGUUGACGACUUGAGUGAAUGAUGUGAUGACUGACGAUGUUACUUGCAGUGCCACGUGGAUUCCUCCCUCUAACACUCCUCCUACCACACCUGGUAACUCAACUUCUUCUCCCGCCCGGAGGAGAGCAGCGUCAGGGGUUCAGCGUCGAGAUGCUG